CCGUUUUUCUUUACUCUCCCCCUCUCUCUUAAGUGCCUUCACUUUCUCUGGUUUUCUCUCUCUUUUAUCUCUUCUUCCCCUCCAGUCCCUACUACUGUGUAUCUACUUAUUUUAUUGCCAUUUUUGUAAUCCCUGUAUCGUAUUAUUACAUCGGAGAUCAAGUUUCUGUCUUUGUUUACACCCUUUGUUUUACUGCUACAAUAUAAAAAUAGUUAGAAAUAAUAUAGAGCAAGGGGAUAUAGUUUUUUGAUUUUCGAUUUUCCAGUUCUCAACUUUAUUGGAGUACUCAUCUUGGGUUUGAGUUAUUUUGGUAUUUUAAAGCGUGUUUUUUCUUUUUUAAGAAAAUUGAUAUAUUUUGUGUGGAAAAGGGGGAUUUUUUAUUUAGGGAAGGAAGGGAUUUGGUGUUUUGGAAUCAGAUCAAGAGGUGGAGAAAUGAGAAUUUGAUUUUUUCAGUUUAUGAAGAUGGGAUUAGGUCCUGAUGAUGCUAUUAAAGUUAAAGAAGUAUGGGAUUUUGGACAGAAAUCAAAAGGGGGAAAGAAAAAGAAAGAUGAGGAAGUGAAAGCAAAAGUAGUAGAUGAAGUUGAAGAAGAAGAGGAAACUGGGUGUUGGGUUAAAUUUAGAUUUAUGGGUUGUCUUACUUCAAGAUCUAAAGUUAAUAGCUCUAUAAGUGGCACUAGUACUCAUUAUGCGGAGAGCAAGUCUACGAAUGAUACUAGUAGAGACCAACCGAUUCCUGCUUUAGGAUCUUCUUCCACUACUAGUAACGGAGAAAGUAACCCUGAUACGCCUAAAGUGGGGGAGGAUCUGAAAAUUGCAUCACAGCUGAGAAAGUUUACAUUUAUUGAGCUCAAGUCAGCAACAAGAAAUUUUAGGCCGGAGAGUAUUCUUGGUGAGGGUGGGUUUGGUUGUGUCUUUAAAGGAUGGAUUGAGGAGAACGGUACUGCUCCAGUGAAACCUGGUACAGGGCUUACAGUUGCAGUUAAAACACUCAACCAUGAUGGACUUCAAGGUCACAAGGAAUGGCUGGCUGAAGUAAAUUUUCUUGGUGACCUCCUUCAUCCUAACUUGGUUAAGCUGAUUGGUUACUGCAUUGAAGAUGAUCAGCGGUUGCUAGUAUACGAGUUUAUGCCCCGAGGAAGCUUGGAGAACCACCUCUUCAGGAAAGGGUCUCUGCCUCUACCAUGGGCUGUGAGAAUGAAAAUUGCACUCGGUGCUGCCAAGGGUCUUGCAUUUCUUCAUGAGGAGGCUGAAAGACCAGUAAUAUAUCGUGAUUUUAAAACAUCUAACAUUCUGUUAGAUGCGGAUUACAAUUCUAAGCUCUCUGACUUUGGACUUGCAAAGGAUGGUCCAGAGGGAGAUAAAACUCACGUUUCAACUAGAGUGAUGGGAACAUAUGGCUAUGCAGCUCCAGAGUAUGUGAUGACAGGACAUCUGACUUCAAGGAGCGAUGUGUACAGCUUUGGGGUAGUGUUACUUGAGAUGCUGACUGGCAGAAGGUCCAUGGACAAAAAUCGUCCAAACGGGGAGCACAACCUGGUGGAAUGGGCACGACCCCAUCUAGGAGAAAGAAGACGGUUUUACCGUCUCAUAGACCCUCGGCUUGAAGGUAAUUUUUCCAUUAAAGGUGCUCAGAAGGCUGCCCAGCUGGCUCACAGUUGUCUUAGCCGAGACCCAAAAUCUCGUCCACUCAUGAGCGAGGUUGUAGAAGUUCUGAAGCCUCUCAUAAAUCUGAAAGACAUGGCUAGCUCUUCCUACUACUACCAAACUAUGCAAGCAGAACGGACCGGUGCUAACAACAACAGUUCCAGUGCUAGGAAUGGCCUGAGAACACAAGGAGGAGGGUUUGUAUCAAGAAACGGGUUACCUGUGAGGAGCCUUUCGAGCUCAAAUGGUUCACACCCUUCUCCAUACCGCCAUCACCCGUCCCCAAAGCCAAGUGGCAAGAAGCUGUAAAGCUGGUUCAUCGUUUUCAACUUCAGUUGAAGUGCUCAAGGUGAACCUCAUAGAUAUAUAAAUUGUAUUGUAGAUCUUCUAGCUUCAUGUUCACUUUUAUGCGGUUUUUGAAUUACAAAGAUACGUGGUCUUUGUCCUUAUUAAAUUAUAAGGGGUGUUUGUUAUUGUUUCUAUAGUAGUUUUGAUGCAACCCUCUUGUGGUGAAUGUAUAAAGAGAUCUCCCUGUUUAUAUUUAGAGCGCUGGAUGUGAACUUAGAUAGGGAAUAA